CUGAAAGCAAAUUAAACCUAACCCUCGCCGCAUCAAAACCCCUUUGAGUCCCCUUCCAUUUUCUCUCUCGACCUUCUCUCCAUCGUUCAAGGAACCCUAGACUCGUCUUUACUCCGAGAGCUCUCGUCAUAUCAAGAUGGGUAUUUCCCGUGAUUCUAUGCACAAAAGGCGUGAAACUGGAGGCAAGAAGAAGGCUUGGAGGAAGAAGAGAAAGUAUGAGCUUGGAAGGCAACCUGCCAACACCAAGUUAUCCAGUGACAAGUCAAUCAGGAGGAUUAGAGUUCGAGGGGGUAAUGUGAAGUGGCGUGCGUUUAGGCUGGAUACUGGAAACUACUCUUGGGGUAGUGAGGCCGUGACUAGAAAGACCCGUAUUCUUGAUGUGGUCUACAAUGCAUCUAACAAUGAGCUUGUUCGUACUCAAACCUUAGUGAAGAGUGCCAUAGUUCAAGUUGAUGCAGCACCAUUUAAGCAGUGGUAUCUUCAGCAUUAUGGAGUGGAUAUUGGCAGGAAGAAGAAGACCUCUGCAUCUGCUAAGAAGGAAGAGGAAGGCGAUGCUGGCACUGAGGAGGUAAAAAAGAGUAACCAUGUCCAGCGCAAAAUAGAGAAACGUCAGCAGGACCGUAAGCUCGACCCACAUAUUGAAGAACAAUUCAGCAGUGGUCGUUUAAUGGCUUGUAUCUCAUCAAGGCCCGGUCAAUGCGGCCGAGCAGAUGGAUAUAUCUUGGAGGGCAAAGAGCUCGAAUUCUAUAUGAAGAAGCUCCAAAGAAAGAAGGGAAAAGGAGCUGGUGCUGCUUAAAUUUUGUUAUGGCUUCAGCCAGUAUUUCUGUUUUCACUCUUUUUCUUAUGAAGACAACGAGUUGUUGCAGCUAUUUUGGAACUUUGAUUUUGCUGGUAAUAGUUUAAUUAUAGUACUUUUGACA